AUGUGUUCUAAUAAGGAAUUGUUUAGAUUGUUGAUAGCUCCACACAUUCAGGAGCGAAAUGGAAUGAGACAGUUAUUUCCUUGUUGGGACAAACCGCAAUUAAAGGCCACGUUUAAUAUUUCAAUAAGACAUCCUCGCUAUAUUUCAGUUUUAUCAAACAUGCCGACACGGUUACACAAAAAUUAUGACAUUUAUAGCGAUUCAUUACGCACAUACUUCCAUAUUACGCCUCCAAUGUCCACUUUUCAAAUUGCGAUAGUCAUGACUGAAUAUCAAUCCAUUAGAAUUAAUGAAAACAUUACUUUAUGGUGCGAAUAUUGUUCAGACGAGCAGUCUAAAUUUGAGUUUGCACAGAGAAUCAUAAACAAUAUUACAUUACAUUUAACAUCUGAAUUCGAUGGGAUAAAUAUUCCAAAAAUGGAUCACAUUGCAAUUCCAUAUUUUCCACAAGACGGCACAUCGAAAUGGGGGCUCAUAUUUCAUACGAAAACCAAUCUUAUUUAUAAUGAAACAUUGGAUACAGUUAUGCGCAAAAUAGAAAUCGCACAUUUAAUAGCACCUAAAAUAGCAUAUCAAUGGUUUAGUAACUUACUCAAUUCGGCUUGGUAUCAUUAUUGGUGGUUACACGACGCUUUUGCUACUAUGUUCGGAGAAGAAGCUGUUGUAAAGAGCUUCAAUAAUUCAGAAAUUUUGGAUCUCUUCAUAAUUCAGAAUCAAUAUGAAUCUCUUCAUCUAGAUUCUCAUUUUAAUAUGAAUCCUGUGGAAAUCACUAGCCAAAUGGAUACCAAUUUAAUUUUCAGUUUUCCUCGUUACAUGAAAGCAAUAAUAAUUUUACGGAUGUUCCAAAGUGCUAUUACUGAUGAAGUGUUUCGAAAUAAUAUCCAUAUAUAUGUAAGCAGACAGACGUUUAGUUCAAUAAUAUCUUAUAAUUUUUGGUCCAUGAAAGAAGAAUUAGAUGAAACAUAUUACUGUAAUUUAUCAUCGAAUGAGUUCUUAACAUGGAUACAGUACAAACAUUAUCCUGUUGUAAUCUGGGAACAAUACAAACAUUCCGAAGUUACAAAAAUAUUAUCGCAAAGUAAUACAACGAGUUACAGGAAGUGGCUGAUACCCAUAAUUUUAAGGGAAAUAUCAUCUUCAAAUAUAAAUUUAAAGACAUGUUUAACACCACAUAUUAAUUCUGUUCAGUACCCCAUAACUUUUCCUCAAAGUGAUUGUUGGAUAGUGAACAUUGAGCAAGCUGGAUACUAUCGAGUCAAAUAUGAUUCAAUAACCUGGAGCAACAUUGCAAAAUAUUUAAAUGACACGGCUGGAGAUUAUAACAGUAUAAGUGUCAUCAAUCGUGCUAAAAUCAUUGAUGAUGCGUUUCAUUUGAUGAUGAAUCGUCAACUCGAUGUAUCUGUAUUUUGGAAUCUCACGCAAUUCUUAUCGCAAGAAACAAAUUUUGUUGUGUGGUAUCCAAUGAUUAAAGUGUUUGAAUAUAUGUCGAUUACAAUUCCAUUUUCCAAAGAAGAAAUUAAAUUCACCGAUAUUAUGGAUAAAUUUAGAAAAUUGUUGAAAAAACCAUUGAAGAUACUAGGAUAUGAAGAACAUCCGACGGAAAAUGACUUUACUAAAUGUUUAAGACAAGAAAUUGUGAAAUGGGCAUGUAUCCUCCAAUACGAUGAGUGCGAACAAUCAGCUCUUCGUAAAUUACAGCAACAUUUCGGAAAUCCUGAAAUAAACCCCCUUUUGCCAUGGUGGAAGCAUUGGACAUAUUGUAACGGUUUAUCAAUAGCUUAUUCGUUUACGUGGUCACACAUAAAAGAUAUAUGGUUAAAAGAACCUUAUUUAGCUUUUCUGGAGAAACCAGAACCAUUAUCCAUAUCCUUCAAUCCACCCAAUAUAUAA